GGAAAGGUAUGUCUCAAGAGAAGGGGCCGAGGUAUGCACCUACCUAAUGCGGCUGCUCGAACGGUUAUAAGUAGGUAAUAUCGGUGAAGUCGGAAUAAGCGCUAACAUUGAUCCGGAUCCGUCAACGCCCGGACCCCGACAAGCCGAUGCCAACCCAUCUAGAAAGCCCAAGAUGCAAAAUCCCUGGCCUGAUUGGUCGAAACCGCCCCCAGAGUGUACACUUCUUCACUGCGAGGCCAGCUCUAGUCUGGAAAUGUCACUUACCUAAUUGAACACUCGUCGGGGUAUAUCGUCAAUUCGUCCCUCAUCCCCUCCAACGCGCAAUCCAUCCGCAAUUAACUGGCCCAUCCGCCAUCGUCCCCCCGGCCAUGGCGACCAAGCUCUCCCGGGGCAGAGCCCUCGCUUCCGCCCUGCGACCGAGGAACGCUCCACUGGCGGGUCGGAACGACCAGGUCGCACGCUGUAUCGCCUCUACGGCUCGCCGGCACGUCGCGUUGCCGAAAGACGCCUCCAACAUGAGGCAAGCGCCGCGAGACCACCCGAGAGAGCUCAAGGCCCCCAUCGUCAACCCUGCCGACCAAUACGCCUCGAAAGCCGACGAUCUCCACCGUUAUGGGUCCUGGCUCAUGGGCUGCCUGCCCAAGUACAUCCAGCAGUUCUCCGUCUGGAAGGACGAGCUGGUCAUAUACGUCUCGCCGUCCGGCGUCUUGCCCGUCUUCUCUUUCCUCAAGUACAACACCGCCGCCGAGUUCACCCAAGUCAGUGACAUCACCGCCGUAGACUUCCCCACCCGAGAUCAGCGGUUCGAGAUCGUCUACAACCUGCUGAGCGUGAGGCACAACGCGCGGAUCCGAGUCAAGACGUACGCCGACGAGGCGUCGCCGGUGCCCAGCAUCACGCCGUUGUUCGACGGCGCCAACUGGUACGAGCGGGAGGUCUACGACAUGUUCGGCAUCUUCUUCCUCGGCCACCCCGACCUGCGCCGGAUCAUGACCGACUACGGCUUCGAGGGCCACCCCCUGCGCAAGGACUUCCCCCUGACCGGAUACACCGAGAUCCGCUGGGACGAGGAGAAGAAGCGCAUCGUUACGGAGCCGCUGGAAUUGACUCAGGCCUUCCGCAACUUCGAAGGGGGCUCGACGGCCUGGGAGCCGGUCGGGCCGGGCGCUGAUCGCAAGCCGGACACCUUCAAGCUGCCAACCCCGAAACCCGAGAAAACGGAAGAAGCGCCUAAAAAAUAGCCGUCAGUUUCGGCAUUUGUACAUAGCCACGACACAAUCGAAGCCGGUGGUCUCGCGCCGUAUUUGUCGUUGUUGAUCUUCACACGUAUGAUCCUCUCCUGGUGACGCUGACCUGCAAUACGUUAUAUAUCGGAGUGAGGCUCAAGCUUGUCAUCUACUAUCCUCGCUAGGGAGAUGAGUUUUCUCUAUAGCUUCCCACGCAGAGUAGUGAUGUAAGUACCUAGGUAAUAGGCCUACUCGUAUUUGGCCGUGUGAACGGCCCACG